CGCAGGCACCGCGCUGGGCACCGCACCGCACCGCUGGGCGCGGGCCGGAGCGGAGCUGCAGCGCCGCGCGCCGCCCGGGACCCCGUCGCCGCCGCCUCCGCAGCACCCAUGGGGACAAGGAGACUUUAAAGGAGUUUGGGGUUUCGGGAGCAGAGAAAUCGCGGAUACGGAAGGGCGUCUUGCUUUGCCUUGGACACGCUUUUUCUUCGUCGAACUGUUUGGACCCUGUGCCGGAUCCCCGCUCCUGGCGCUCGCCUCGCCGCGUCAUUGAUGGGCAACCAACUGGACCGCAUCACCCACCUCAACUACAGCGAGUUGCCCACAGGGGACCCGUCGGGGAUCGAGAAGGACGAGCUGCGAGUCGGGGUCGCCUACUUCUUCUCGGAUGAGGAGGAGGACCUGGACGAACGCGGGCAGCCCGACAAGUUCGGUGUGAAGGCCCCGCCGGGCCGCGCCCCCUGCCCGGAGAGCCCCAGCCGCCACCCCCACCACCUGCUGCACCAGCUGGUGCUCAACGAGACUCAGUUCUCUGCCUUUCGGGGCCAGGAAUGCAUCUUUUCCAAAGUGAGCGGCGGCCCGCAGGGCGCCGACCUGAGCGUCUACGCGGUCACCGCGCUGCCCGCGCUCUGCGAGCCGGGCGAUCUGCUGGAGCUGCUGUGGCUGCAGCCCUCGCCGGAGCCGCCCGCGCCCGCCCCGCACUGGGCCGUCUACGUGGGCGGCGGGCAGAUCAUCCACCUGCACCAGGGCGAGAUCCGCCAGGACAGCCUGUACCAGGCGGGCGCAGCCAACGUGGGCCGGGUGGUGAAUAGCUGGUACCGCUACCGCCCGCUGCUGGCCGAGCUGGUGGUGCAGAACGCCUGCGGCCACCUGGGCCUCAAGAGCGAGGAGAUCUGCUGGACGAACUCGGAGAGCUUCGCCGCCUGGUGCCGCUUCGGCAAGCGCGAGUUCAAGGCCGGGGGCGAGGUGCCGGCCGGCACGCAGCCCCCGCAGCAGCAGUACUGUCUCAAGGUGCAGCUGGGCGAGGGCAAGGUGCACACCGCCCGGUUCCACAGCCUGGAAGACCUCAUCCGCGAGAAGCGCCGCAUCGACGCCAGCGGCCGCCUGCGCGUGCUGCAGGAGCUCGCCGACCUGGUGGACGCCAAGGAGUAGCGCCGGGGGGCCGCCCGCCCCGCCCGUCUCCCCGCGCCCCGCGCCCCUCCUGCCCCCGACCCCGGGCUCGGCGACCGGCGAUUCGCGACCCCCCGCCCCCCCCCCCCCCCGC